AUGACGGAUGUCGAUGAGUCCGUUCUUCUCGCUGAUUGUGGCGAUAUUUCAGAAGAGCCCAUAGACGAAAGCGCUUUAUUGGAUCAACAUGACGAUGAUGUUUUAGAUUUAAAGGAUGAAAUAAAAGAGGAUCCAGUGAAGGAUGAGAUUGAUUUAUACGACGACGCAAUUGCUCCAACAAAUGCUCCAGCUGAGACCGUGACCACUGUGAAGACGCCAGUUCCACCAACUUCUGCAAAUCAUUCGGCGCCGAUUACGAAAGUGAACCAUACCGACGGAAAAAAGUAUUGCUGUUACGUCGGAAACCUUACAUGGUACGCAACUGAUGCCGAUCUACUCAAAUUGAUUGCUUCGAUUGGAAUUGACAAAUCGGAUUAUGCUGAUUGCAAAUUUUUCGAAAACCGAACAAAUGGUCAAAGCAAGGGAUACGCUCUUCUUGUGUUCAACUCGGAUAGCGCUGUGAAAACUGUUAUGGAAAUUCUGCCAACAAAAUCUCUUCAUGGUCAGAGCCUAAUUGUUCUAUCGUACAGUAAAACAAAUCAAGCGAAAUUGGAAGAAGCUCAAAUUAAAAAUCAAACUAGACCGGAUGUUAAGAAGAAGACCGAUGAUGGAUGCCUCAAUAUGGGAACGAUUCGAAUCGGCAGCGGAACGAUGAUGAAUAAUCGCGGCGGAAUGCAGCAAACGCAGCAGCAGAAUCGAAAUCCGCCACCUCUUAUGAUGCAAAACAGCGGAACAAUGAUGAGGGGACCGCAACCAUUGAUGAACACCAAUUUGAUGCCGCAGAACACGAUUCGACUUCAAAUCAACGGCCAACCUUCGCAGGUGCCGAUGCUCAACCGGAACACGAUUGGAGCGUCGCAGAGCAUGAUGGGCAACAUCGCGCCAUCGGCGAUGCCCCAACAGAAUAUCAUAAUGCAGAAUGCGAUGAGCCAACCGCCGCGACCGUUGAUGAGCGGCAUGACAACGACGCCAUUGGGUGUGCAACAAGUUGGAAUGAGCGCGCCGCCGCCGACGAUGAUUGGCCAACAAUUCAUACAAAAUAGACCUCCACAAUAUGGGCAACCGAUUCAAACCGGAAUUGCGCAGCCGCUAAUGUCGGUAAAUACGGCGAUGCGUCCGCCGACGAAUGGAAUCCCGCCGCCGGUUCAUGUGAAUCCGCAAAUGUUCCCCGGCGUUCAAGCGGCUCAGGGAGCUCCGCUCUCGGAUGCUGAAUUUGAGGAAAUAAUGAACCGAAACAUAACGGUCUCGUCAUCGGCAAUCGGUCGCGCUGUUGCCGACGCGUCGGCCGGCGAUAUUAAAGGCGCACGCGAAACGCUGAUCACAGCCAUCGAGCUCAUCCGAAAGAGUCGAAUAGGAAGCGACGAGCGAUGUCGAGGAUUGGUGCAGAGUCUGGAUGAGACGCUUCGCGGAAUCGAGAGCCGCGUCGACUAUUCGCGCGGCAAGUCGUAUCGUGAUCGAUCGCGUAGUCGUGAUCGCGAGCGUAAGAGAAGACGACGCAGUCGCACCAGAUCUUAUUCGCGUUCGCCGUCGCCGCAUCGAUCGCGUCGUAGAUACUGA